UUUUUAGUUUAACAUAGAGCUUCAUUUGCAGGGCUUUACACGAGAAAGAAGAACGUUCGAAAGGAGGGUUAACGCGUACUCAGUUCUUUAUAGUAGCCUUUAUCUGCAGUUUUGCAUACUACAUUUUCCCUGGAUAUCUCUUUUCAAUGUUGACAUCUUUGUCAUGGGUAUGUUGGAUCUUUCCAAAAUCAGUGUUUGCCCAACAACUCGGUUCGGGCCUAAAGGGGCUUGGAAUUGGAGCUAUAGGCCUUGAUUGGUCUUCUAUUUCGUCCUACCUUGGAAGCCCAUUAGCUAGCCCAUGGUUUGCUACAGCUAAUGUUGCUGCUGGAUUCAUCUUUGUUAUGUAUGUUUUGACUCCAAUAUGUUACUGGUUAGAUAUCUUCAAAGCCAAAACAUUCCCAAUUUUCUCUGAUGGAAUGUACACUUCCAAUGGCCAAGUUUACAACAUAUCAAGUAUCAUUGACUCUAAUUUCCAUCUUGAUAUUGAUGCCUACGAGCAACAAGGACAUCUUUAUCUUAGUACAUUUUUCGCGGUUACUUAUGGAGUUGGCUUUGCUGCUCUCAGUGCUACUGUCAUGCAUGUUCUCUUAUUUCACGGAAGGGAGAUAUGGGAGCAGAGCAAAUCAAGCUUCAAAGAUCAGAAAAUGGACAUACACACUAGACUAAUGAGCAAGUAUAACCAAGUACCUGAGUGGUGGUUUUGGUGCAUUCUUGUAGCGAACAUUACACUCACUAUCUUUGCUUGUGAAUAUUACAAUGAACAACUUCAGUUACCUUGGUGGGGAGUUAUUUUAGCUUGUGUCAUUGCCUUUUUCUUUACCCUUCCUAUAGGAAUCAUCACCGCCAUUACCAACCAGACACCAGGGUUGAAUGUCAUCACAGAAUAUAUCAUAGGAUACCUUUAUCCUGGAUAUCCGGUCGCUAACAUGUGCUUCAAG